AUGGGCUCCGACGAUUCCUCUUGGUCUCCACAGACCGUGCUAUCCACCCUCCCCCACCCACCGGAGGAGAACUCCACAUCCCCUGUCGCUUUUUUCCACCUCAUCGAGCGCCUCAAGACCACUAAGCGCGAAGGCUGGCGCCGUUUUGGAAUCAAUGGCGAGUCAAUCUCCGACCACAUGUACCGCAUGUCGAUCAUGACGAUGCUUGCCCCGCCUGAGCUGGCCUCAAAGAUCAACAUCCCCCACUGCACCAAGAUGGCUCUCAUUCACGACAUGGCUGAGUCUCUGGUCGGCGAUAUCACCCCCGUUGACCUCCACAUCACCAAGGCUGAGAAGGCUCGCCGUGAAGCGGCGACCAUGGACUACAUUGUCACUACUCUUUUGGGAAAUGUUCCAGGCGGCGCACUCUCUGGCCAGCAGAUUAAGGACGUGUUCCAGGAAUACGAAGACAAUGUCACUCUGGAGGCGAAGUUCGUGCAUGAUAUCGACAAGAUGGAGCUGCUGCUGCAGAUGGUGGAAUACGAGCGCUCGAACAAGGUUGAUCUCACGGAGUUUGAGCACGUCGCGAGCAAGGUUCAGCUUCCUGAGAUUCAGGCUUGGGCCAAGCAAGUUGUCCAGGAACGUCCCAAGUACAACUAG